UAGGUGGCGCGCUGUGUAUAGCAGCCUGAAGGGCGGAAGAAGAAGCUUCUGGAAGAGCCUAGAUGUGCUCAGAGCUCUAUAAUACAACGUUCCGCGCGGAGGAGGAGACGCGCUGAAUAGGACUUAGGACCGGGCAGGAUCCCUCCGGCACAGCAGAGGCAGACAGCAGAAAAUUAUCAUGGCUGGUGAAGGCAGACCGCAUCCGCACACUCUGCAGGGCUUGCUGCAUAUGGCCAUUGAAGCUGGAACAGAAUCGGAGGAGACACAACAGACGGAACAGAUGACAGAAGAGAGGAGACAAUGGCUACAAGAAGCUAUGAACAGUGCAUUCUCUGGCCAGGUAGAUGAAGUUCAGCAAAUGAAGGAAUGUCUGAAGGAACUAAGCAGUGAAACCAGUGAUGAAGAUGGGGAGGUGCGGAAGGAGAGAGCUCUGGAGUUACUGGCAGAUCUCUGUGAAAACCUUGACAAUGCUUCUGAUUUCUGUAAGCUGGGCGGGAUGGACUUGAUGUUGAAUCAUUGUUCGAGUUGCCCUGAGGCUGAGCUGCGCUGGCGAGCCGCUGACCUGAUUGGCAUUUGCAGUCAGAAUGUGCCCUUCGUUCAGGAGAUGGCACUGAGCCUCGGUGCUGUGAGCAAACUCUUGAAAUUGCUGGACCUUGACAGCAGUGACACAGUCAGAAUAAAGGCCCUUUUUGCGAUAUCUUGUUUGGUGCGUGAGCAGGAGACGGGACUUGCUGAGUUUGUGAAGUUGGACGGGUUUUCGGUGCUGAUGCGUGCCAUGCAGACCGACAUCUUGAAGCUGAAGAUAAAAUCGGCAUUCUUGCUGCAGAAUCUUCUGAUAAGCCACCCCGAGCAUAAAAGUACCUUGUGUUCCAUGGGGAUGAUCCAGCAACUGAUCUCGCUGCUACGGACCGAGCAUAGUCCUUUCCAUGAACAUGUCCUGUCUGCUCUGUGCAGUAUGGUGACAGAUUUCCCACAGGGAAUUGCAGAAUGUCGGGCGCCUGAAUUAGCGUUUGAAGAUUUGCUCAAAGAAAGAUGUCAACUGGUGCAAAAACAGGAGGAAUAUCAGGAAGAACUGGAUUACUGUGAGCGCCUUUUGAAGAUUUGUUUCAAAGACAAUCCUGACGAUAACAGCAUGGACCGGUGAACCAUUCUGAAGGAUAUGUCCACCAGUGGUGCCUUGUGAUGAGGCAAGAUGGAGAUUGUGAAUGAAAUUGAGCUAACUUAUGAACUGCUACCCUAGGUCCCCUCGGACGUCUGUAAUCUUUGUUUCAAAAGAAAAGUCUGAGAUGUGGAUUUCUUUUUUUUUUUUAAAUAAAGAAAGACGAAAUAAUGUCA